UGUCUUCCGAGGCUGGAUCGUGGGCCCCCCUCCUCCUCCCCCCGAACAACUUUUAACAUCCUCGACCAGUCUCUCUCACCUAGAACGUGGCUCAAAAUCUGAUAAGAGUUUCUCCCUUGAACACACCUAUAUAUACCAUCUCCAAGUGUUUGGUGACUUUAGAUCUCGAAUUUUUAAGACAUCAGCCUGUGAACAAAUAUAAGUAGUGGUGAAUAAUUUUUAUCGGCGAGGAAAAUCGUGCAAGUGGUUAUUUUCAUAAGUCAAUCGGUGUGAAAAUUGUGUCAUAAUUCAUUAUCCGGCUCCUAUCGGUUGUUAUCGAUCUGCUCACGGUUGAUAUGUGGAUUGUCCACGUGAUGGGAAUGAUCACUCGAUAUCGAUGAGUUAUAAUGUGUGUGGAGUCAUUACGCUGAUACGUUAUCACUCUGUGAUCGGUUGGAAAUCUCUAUUGUUGCGGAUCAAACGUCAGUGACGUACGGUGUGUAACACUUGUGGUUUGUGGAAUGUCUCGUGGGCUGAAUCAAAAUCAUAUCCAUCCAGUUAGGAUAGCUGUCAUUCUGUCUGUAAUCAUUAGAUGGGCAAUUACUGACGACUGGUGCAAAAACAGUGAUUGAUCAAUCAUAUGACUUGGGAGUUGUGCUUGUGUCUGAUAUUCAGCUGCGUGAAUGUACUGCAGUGAUGAAGAAUGGAAGGAAUUCGUUGCUGAUGAAUAUUUGUUCGUUAAAAUCUCAUGGUUGAUUCUACUUGAUUAUGUAUUUUGAGAUAAAUGUUCAGUGACAGCUGUGAUACACCGUGCAGGGAAUUCAGUUGAUGCACGGUGGAUGGGAAUACUGUGGAUAUAUUUGAAUCGGGGUAAAGAACCUGUGAUUAAUAGAUAAGUGAUUUGUGUAUCGUUCUCUGGUUUAUUCCUGGUGAUACUGUGGAUGUACAUGCAGUUCAGUCUGCAUCACUGAUUUCAUCAAGGCGUAGUCGUUGCUAGGGGCCUCACCAUGGAGUGCGGCAAGGGUCGACGGAGAAGCUUGCUUGGCGGGCUCAUCCUUGCCUGGUUAUUCAUCAGCGACUGCAUCGUAGCUGCUAGAGACAGAGAGCGUUACGACACAGCCUACGAGUGCGAGGGCAAAACGCUCAAGAUUGAGUGUGGUGAGGGUGAACUGAUACACCUGAUAAGAGCUAACUACGGGAGGUACUCGAUAACGAUAUGCAAUGAACAUGGGAAUACUGAUUGGAGUGUGAACUGCAUGUCGCAAAGUUCAUUCAGGGUGCUGUACGCCAGGUGCAAUGAGAAACAGAACUGCAGCAUAGCAGCGUCAACGUCGCAUUUUGGGGAUCCAUGCCCAAAUACCCUCAAGUAUCUUGAGGCGCACUAUCAGUGCCUGUCUGCUGCUACAACGACGACAACGUCAAGGCCAAGUCCACCGUGGCUGAUAACUUCACAGCCGAGUGUAUGGAGCACAUCGAGCCCAAGUGUCCGCCCACCAUCGAGGGCAACGAUUCCACCAUCCCAACUGCCACCGAUAACAACCCUCAGCCCGCUUGUGACAACACCCCUCAGUUCAACGAGCACAAUGAGAACGUUGGAUGAGAAUGACGAGGAUCAGGUUGAAUUGAAUCCUUCGAGGGGUAGUGGAGCGCCUGUGGUACCCACCCCCGAGACCACAGAGUCGACGACAGAGACUGGAUAUGCAUCGUGGAAAACCAGCAGAAGACCCAUAGUGUCAACGAGUAUUCCCUAUUCCGAUCCAAACGCAAAUGGCAAAUGGUAUGACUACACUCGGUUGUACUGCCAGCCAACAAUGGCAAGGAAUCUCUUCUGGAAUGCAACGAGAGCAGGUGACAUUGCCGUGCAGAGUUGUCCAGGUGGUGCUAACGGUGUGGCUAGGUGGCGAUGCAUAGCCACUGAGGAUUCAGCCACCUGGUACAGAGAUUCACCGGAUCUCAGUGAAUGUCGGUCCGUGUGGUUGUCCUCCCUCGAGACAAGAGUCCAAUCAGGAGACAAAAUUCUGACCAUCAGUGACGAUUUGUCUGCUGUCACCAAUAACAGUAGAAUAUUCUAUGGCGGUGACAUGAUGAUCACAACAAAAAUCAUCAAAAAUAUGGCGGAAAAAAUGAGCCAGGAUAUCAGUACUUAUCGUGAUUCAAGCCAGAGCGAAUUCACGGUCACUGAACUGUUGCAAGGUGUUGUUAGAACGGGAAGCAAUUUGCUGGAUAAAGCGCAAAUGGCAUCGUGGAAAGAUUUAAGUCACGAGGACCAAAUGAGAGUUGCAACCUCGCUACUCAUUGGUCUCGAGGAAAAUGCUUUUCUCCUUGCUGGCACGCUACAUCAUCAGAAGACCAUUGUUCAGGAGGGCAAAAAUAUUUUAAUGGAGGUACGAGUAUUGGAAACGCGAAAUAUCGACAAUAAAGUCGAGAUAUUUCCAUCUGAAUCGACGCGGGAUAGGUGGACAGCGUCGAAUGAUCGAGUAGAAUUAACAAGAAAAUCACUGUUGGAGAACAGAGAUGAGGGCCUGGUGAGACUCGUAUUCAUGGCAUUUGAUCGGCUGGAAGAAAUACUUCAGCCACAGCAAGAGGAAUCCUUUGUUUCAUUAAACGAAGAUGUUAGACACCGUAGCAUAAGCAAUAGGAUACUAAACAGUAAAGUCAUCUCAGCUUCGCUGGGAAAAGGACGUCAUAUUCAACUCUCGGAGCCCGUACGCAUUUACUUUGAGCAUCUUACCACGGAGAAUGUAACGAAUCCCACUUGUGUAUUCUGGGAUUACGUAAUGAGUUCAUGGUCGGGGGAGGGCUGUCACAUACGUGAAACAAACGGGACUCAUACAGUAUGUGAGUGCAAUCAUCUCACAAACUUUGCUGUACUGAUGGACGUGCAUGCUGUGAAACUGGACAUGGCCCAUCAGGUCGCGCUACAAAUCAUCACGUAUAUCGGAUGUAUCAUCUCAGUGGUAUGCCUCGUGCUGGCCAUCAUGACAUUUCAGCUGUUUCGUGGGCUCAAAUCUGACCGUACGACCAUACACAAGAAUCUAUGUGUGUGCCUUCUCAUAGCUGAGGUACUCUUUGUCUGUGGAAUUGGACAGACGGAUCAGAGAAUUGUGUGUGGUGUAGUUGCUGGAUUGCUACACUUCUUCUUCCUUUGUGCAUUUGCAUGGAUGUUUCUCGAAGGCUUUCAACUUUAUGUGAUGCUGAUAGAAGUUUUCGAAGCGGAGAAAUCACGCUUACGGUGGUACUAUCUGGUGGCUUAUGGCGGUCCGCUGUUAGUUGUUGCCAUAUCCUGUAUCAUCGAUCCGUUGAGCUAUGGCACUGAUCGAUACUGCUGGCUGAGGGCAGACAACUAUUUCAUCUUCAGUUUCGUUGGCCCUGUUAUACUCGUUAUUUUGGCUAAUUUGGUGUUCUUAUCCAUGGCCAUAUACAUGAUGUGUCGGCACGCCAACACCACUGUCUCCAUGAAGAGCAAAGAGCAUUCGAGACUAGCUAGUGCAAGUGGAAAGGAAGAAAAUGCUCUUCCCAACAAAUUGCAAGCGCACUUGGCAUGGCUGCGCGGUGCAAUUGUCCUAGUAUUCCUGCUGGGACUGACCUGGACAUUUGGCCUUCUGUACUUGAAUCAAGAGUCCGUUAUAAUGGCAUACAUCUUCACCGUACUAAAUAGCCUACAAGGGCUAUUUAUAUUUGUAUUCCAUUGCGUGCAAAACGAAAAGGUGAGAAAGGAAUACAGAAAAUUCAUAAGGAGGCACUCGUGGUUACCCAAGUGUCUUCGCUGCUCUAAGACAGUAACGGGCAGCUCUGGAGGUUCAACAGGAACAAGUGGUGGACCAGCUGGUGUUAACGGUGGAAAAGACUUUCCAUCUCACAAUACAUCCUCUAAUCCAUCAGCGCCAACGACAGAUAGCUCUGGAUUAUCACCCCAUGCAGCAUCCAAUUACUUGAUGUCUGGACGUGGAUGGCAAAGCAGCAUCGACAGACAACCAAUUCCGGUGGCGAACGAGCCCCGAGAGACAGCAACGACCGAUGCACACGCAGUGGCCACCCUUCCACACUCUCGUCACGGCUUCUUUCCAUCCACCAAUAAUUUACCAAAAUCAGCUACUGCCACUUGGGGCCCUAUUAACAAAAACCUCAUGUGGAAGAACAUUUCUUUUAAGUCGUACUCCCGUGAUUCAGGCCACGGUGGUUCAGAGCAGGAGGAGUCACCUCGUACCCACAACACAAUGACCCUCGGUCAUGCCGGUAGAACACACAGAGCGGACAGGCGUCAGUUGAACGACAGUUUGGAAAUAACUAGCGUUAAUAGACCAUCGGGUCGUCGUGCUGCAUCCCCGUACAAUCAUACAUACACAGAGAUACGGGAUGGGGGUAGAGUGGGUGGUUAUCAUCAAGGACAUUUGAGGGGUCUGGUUGGGGAGGAUGAUCCGGUGUAUGAGGAAAUUGAACGCGGUGGAAGUGGAAUUGGUGUUGGUGUUGGUGAAAUUCAGGUGUCAGAUAUGUCGGAUGAGGAUGGUAGAAGGCAGAGCGAUAUGAGUAGACAGUCUUCGCGCAGUUAUGGAGACCAUAGACCUUUGAUACCAUAUUCACCGGCCAACGAUCGACUGAUACAUUAUGGACAGUCAGUUGAUCGUAAUGCACUCCAGCACGAUCCAUCGCAGUACAGUCCAGCCCAGGAGAGGACGCUGAAUGCCUGUUGGGAGAAGUUGAGAAGGCAGCAGGCUAAGUAUGAGCUUGGUGAGAUGAAUCGUACACCAGGUAAUUUUGGUAUGCCACAGCAGGAUCAUACGAGAACAGUUGCUGUUCUCGAUGGACACACCGUUGUCUGUCAUCUGCAGCCGCAGACGGACAUGUACACUGGCCGUGGAGUUCCCCCACCGUCCUACAGCGAGUGUUAAAUAUUAUGAACUUUAAAAAUCGCCUUUCAUUAAUUCAUUGGCGUCCACAGCUCAAUAAUAAUCGCCGUUCUAGGUGAAGCGAUUUAUUUUCCUUUUCACUGUUUCAAUGGUCUUAUUAAAGUCACUAGUGUUUCUUCUUCUUUUCUUUAUUUCAAUUUGUUUUUUUUUUUCGCGGGCCGAAAUCUACGGGAAUUUGAAAACAACGUAUUUGAGACUGGAUGGGGGAGACCAUUGCGGCUUUGUUGACUCUAAAUUCACAUUUUUACGUUAUUUACGCAUAUCUUUUUAUUUGAUUUCUCUGAUGAAAACUGAAAUGACAGUUGGACAUACAUAUCGUUUAUUAAACUAACGAUACAAGUGUGGAAAAUCAGUUAUUCAGUCGAUAAAGCGAUUGAAAAUUGAAUUGACGCGCAAUUUUAUAUUUAAUCGAUAUAACUAUUCUCAUUUGGCUAGUCGUGAUUGGGAAAUGAAAUUUCCCAAAAAUUUAUCUCUCGUUUUUCCUCAUGUUUUUGUUUAGGUUUGUUCGAAUGCAAGAGUCAAUCACAACUGCCAUUGUCAUAAUCAUUGUCAGAUUAAUUUCCUCCAGAUGUUUCCCAGUAUCAAUUGUACAUUAAAUUUUUGGUACGUUGCGUUUUUCAUCCCGAAAUGUUAUUUUUAUAAAUAUAUCUAGAAUGAUAUGUAUAUGUAUUAUAUACAAUAACGUUGUACUAACGUGGAGGAGAGAGGGGGGAAAAGGGACAUGUGCGAAGGAAUAAUGGAUGAACGCCAGGGAACAGAGGUGAUUAAAAACAGAAAAUUAUAUUCGUAAUUAGAUAGUGCGAUUUUUCCGAGUGCCGUAUUAUUUUUCAUUGAUACGGCAGAGGCGAAACUUAGUCACUGUUUUUUUAACUAUAUUUUUGAAAUAUAGAUAAAAUAUCUUAUUCGCGUCUUAAAUAGUCGAUUUACUAAAUUAAAAGAAAAUAGAAAUUUCGUGCCCUAUUUAUUUUUCAUAUAUCGCAAUUUUUCUUUUCUUUUAUUACUGUGAAUUAUUUUCUCUCGUACUGGUUACUAUUUUCGACUAGGUCGAAAACCACUUAUUUACUAUUGUAAAAAUGAAUUAAUCAAUGCUAGUACGAGACUAAGUUUUUUCUUUCGGGCAUACAGUCAAUUUGAACAUAAAUACGCAUUAAAAUUAAUAAUUAUUUCAUCACUAUUUAUUUUCCGCUCAUUGAUCGGAUUUUUUGUAAAAAAAAAAAUUUAAAAAGAAAAACUCAACAAGAGGGAAGGAAUAAAUACCGCAUUAAUGGCAAUCUCCCGCAAGCUCGGGUGAAUUUAAUCAUCCUAGACAAUUUAUAAUAGUUAAUAACCACAAUCGAGUUACGGCCGUGUUAAGUGUAUCAAUGUUCUCCGUUUACUCCCAAAUCGUUAAUAUUCCACUCCCAAUCUACAAAUAUCUCUGCAAUAAAUUUAAAUGAUGACCGUUGUAGACAUAAAAUCUUCUAGUACUUUGACCUGAGACAAAAGCACACACAUGGGAGUAACUAUUUGGACGAGAAAAUUGUAAAUUGUAAAUGUUUGCUAAUUUUAUGACAAUCGGAGAGCAAACUCAAUAUAUUGAACAGCAAUGUUGUAAAGGGAACACAAUUUCUUAAAAACUAUGUGCACGCAAAAAUCGAAUAAAAAAGUAGUCAAAACGAUGAAAAAUAAUAAUGUAUCACAUUCCGCGAUUCCUUGCCACAAAAUGACAACUGGGCUCGAAUAAUCGUGUGGGAAAAGAAUAAUGAGCCUGAUAUAGUGAGACUUUUUAAAAUGAAACAAAAGGAGAAUCUUUCUUGUCUCUCAAAUUGAGGAAAACCGUGAAUGAAAGGAAGAAGUUGAUUGAAGGUAUGAAAGUAAGUGUGGGAGCAAGUGAGAGCAAAACGUUACUACGUUUUCUUUUAUGUUAUAAUUAUUGUAGUUACUUACCCUCGUUAUUCUUCGAAGGAUUUAUUUCGAAAGAGAAGAAGAAAGAUAAACGUAGGAAAAUACGGAGAGAAAAGAAAUGAAUUUUUGUAUAUAAUGUAAAUAAUGCUUUGUACAUGUUGAAUACUUGUAAUGUAAAUCAGAAAAACAAUGAUUAAGGAUGCAUUAAGUAAUAACUAAAUGUGAGAUACUUAUAAGUGAGAGGAGACUAGUUUAAAUAGCCCAAUCUGAUUUAUUGAAAACACUAAGGAAAACAAUGAAAAAAACAUACUACAAAAAAAAACAAUUGAUGUGAGGACAUAAGUGUAAGAUUUUAACUUAAGUCUUGACAUAAUAGGAAUGUAAAUAAAUUAAGCAAGGAAAAAAAUAAACAACUAAAACUGCCCAAAUAACUACUGAAUAUUUUUUUUAAUUAUUCAACUAGUAUGCAAAAACAAAACAAAAAAAAAAUUACAAAAUGCAAAUGCUUGAGUAAAAAACACUUCCGUCUUAAGUCUUCUUUUAUAUGAUGAAAGGAUGAAAUGA